AUGGCAGGCCGACUCUUCCAUUCCCUUCCCGGCUCGGUCACCGUCACUCUCUCCGAAUCCAUCUCCCUCAUCGGCGCCCUGCUAUACCUCCAUCUCCUGCGCGGCCUCUCAUACUUCGCCCAGCGAACCGGCGACUAUACACAGUCAGGACAACCGCUCAAACAAUCCAUCGUCCACACAGAGAACAAGAUUAUUAAACUCUGUCUAGAAAUCGUCCCAGCGUCAGCCUGCCGCGCCGUCCUCGUUGCCACAGGCCAACUGCAUGAGGAUUACCCCGGUCCAGUAAUCCCAGUCAGCAAUGGAGGCCGCUUUUCCAGCAAUAAUACCAUGUUCCUGCACCCCUCAUCCAGUGCCCCGUCCAGCGUCUCGCACAGCGGUACUUGUAUGCAGCAGUGCUAUCCCGAGUCAGCGGCUGAGCGUUCCGUUUCAACAGAGAACAAUCACACUUUCCGCCUCGAUCCCAGUACUACUGUUCCUCCCCCUCCCUCACGGAGCGGAGACGGAGAACAACCAAAGAAUGGUUCUUUCUACGCCACUGUCCGGAAGUAUAUCUCUUCGCCUCACCUGUCCAGACCUUCUGUCGUGGUCACCCCGCCAACUCACCAGCAGAAAGAAGCGGGUAUGCAUUGGCCGGUUCCUCUCCCGCCACCCCCAAGCAUGGCUUCAAUCCUGCAACAGGCCGAAAGCGGCGACUGCGAGUGCGGACCCGUCUUCCAUCUCUUCUCAGACCACGAUCCGGAAACACCAGCGGCGCGCGAGUCCCCCGGCUCUUCACUGCGCACGUUCCACAGUGACCCCAGCCGUCCGUCGAUGUCGUCGUGGGUUAGUACGAGUGACGACUCGUCGAUGCUGCAGGUGAAGCGCUCGUCUAAGUAUCGUUCGGUGGAUAGCUAUCCGGGCAAGUUUCCUGUUAGUGAGACAGGGGGUUUUGCUGCGCCGUGUUCUGUUCGAGGGAGGGGGGUUACUUCUGUGCGGCCGUUUUCUGAUAUGUAG